UGUGGCGCAGCUACAGUGGCGAUGUCCUCCUUCUGAGUGAGUAGAAGAAGUGUGCAGCUAAUUAAGCUGGACUGUGCCGGGUAAAUACAAAACUACGACCUUUCGAGGGAGGAGGCGGAGGGACGAACUCCAGCUGCCAAGAGCAGUUCAGCUCUUUCCAGAAGAUGAGUGUCCUCAAAGGCAACAAAGAUGUGGCCUGUUUCUACACCACCAAGCACUCCUGGAGAGGAAAGUACAAAAGAGUAUUUUCAGUGGGGACUCAUGCCAUCACCACCUACAAUCCCACAACUUUAGAAGUAACAAACCAGUGGCCAUAUGCAGACAUCUGCAGGAUAGCCCCAGUGGGAAAGGGUCAGGGGUCGGAGUUCACCAUCACUUUCCGCAAAGGCGCCGGCAAGAAGUCCGAGACGCUCAAAUUCUCCACUGAGCACAGAAGCGAGCUGCUCACAGAGGCGCUGCGAUUUCACACUGAUUUCUCUGAUGGGAAGAAAAUUGGCAAGCGCUACAACUGCUUCAAGCACCACUGGAGCGACUCUCGGCGGCUGGUGGUGCUGGAGGUGACCCCGUGGGGCAUUGACCAGAUUGACCCCCACACCGGCCGCCUGCUGACCUCCUACGAGUAUCGGUCCAUAGAGGGCUUCACCGAGCUCUCAGACUACCAGGGAGGCUUCUGCAUCCUGUACGGGGGCUUCAGCCGACUGCACUUGUUUGCCUCGGAGCUGAGGGCCGAGAUCGUCGCUGGCGCCAUAGAGCAUGCUGGGAGUUUCGUUGGUAUCGCGCUGCGGCAGCGCCGGGAGCUGCUGGACUUCGACGGCUUUACCGCCGCGCGGCUCGGCAAGUACAGCGCCGACCGCUGCGUCACCUCGCUGGCCGAGUUCACCGUGCAGAAGAUCUCGCCCCGCCACCCGGAGCCAGUGAAGAGGAUUCUGGGAUUGACUGAGGCCUGUCUGGUAGAGAGGGAUCCCGCCUCUUAUAACAUCGUCACCCUAAAACCAUUUGGGGAGGUGUUUGCUCUUAUCUGUGAUGCAGAGAACCCCCAGGUGUUCACCAUAGAGUUUAUUACGGGCCAGAUCAGACGGUAUGCUUCCACAGAAAGAGACUCCCUGAUGGCCAGCCUGCUGGACGGGGUGCGGGCCUCAGGGAACCGGGACGUGUGUGUGAAGAUGACCCCCACACUGCGAGGGCAGCGCUGGGGGCUCCUCUGCAUGCCCGUGGAGGAGGAGGUGGAGAGCCUGCACCUCAAGUUCCUCGCCGCACCCCCCAAUGGAAGUUUUGGGGACGCCGUGCUGAGGUUCAACGCCAACAUCUCCUACAGCGGCGUCCUGCACGCCGUCACGCAGGACGGCCUGUUCUCAGAGAACAAGGAGAAGCUGAUCAACCACGCCAUCUUGGCUCUGCUGUACCAGGAGCCGGAGCUGCCGGGGCCGAACGCCGAGCUGGAGGGCCAGUUUCAGGCAAUGCGCCGGCUGGUGGCCUCCAAGGCUGGGUUCCAGGCCUUUACCCAGCAGGCCAAGUUCAGGGAGAAGCUGGGGAUGAAGACGGUGAGGGCGCUGAAGAGGAAGAAUGAUGGAGUGACGCACGCCGCCAUCGACAUGCUCUGUGCGCUCAUGUGUCCAAUGCACGACGACUACGACCUUCGUCAGGAGCAGCUGAACAAGGCCUCCCUGCUCUCCUCCAAUAAAUUCCUGGAGAACCUUCUGGAAAAGUUCAUCAGCAAUGUGGAGCAGGGCGCGGGCGCGCUGGUCAUCAGCUCGCUGCUGGACUUCCUGACCUUCGCCCUCUGCGCCCCCUACAGCGAGACCACGGAAGGGCAGCAGUUCGACAUGCUGCUGGAGAUGGUGGCCGCGGACGGCCGGACCCUCUUCAAACUCUUCCAGCACCCUUCCCUAGCCAUUGUGAAGGGAGCCGGACUGGUCAUGAAGGCCAUUAUCGAGGAGGGGGACGAGGCGAUGGCCAGUAAGAUGCAGGAGCUCGCACUGAGUGAGGGAGCCCUGCCCAGACACCUGCUCACCUCCAUGUUCACCGUCAGCUCUGACCAAAGGAUGCUCACCAACAGGCAGCUGAGUCGCCACCUGGUGGCGCUGUGGACAGCAGAGAACCCCAUCGCCAUGAACCUUAUGAGGAGAAUCCUGCCCGCAGGUCUGCUGGCGUACCUGGACAGCCCUGACCCGGUGCCCGAGAAGCAGAGAGACACGAUGAACGUUCGGGACAACCUCAAACUCGCCACGGAACAGUGCGGGUACAGCAAGGCCCCAGAAUGGCAGCGGUUGGCGGGGCGGGCUGCCAAGGAGGUGGAGAAGUUCGCCAAAGAGAAGAUGGACGUGGUGCUGACACACUGGCGGGACCGUAUGGGCAUCGCUCAGAAGGAGCCGGACAAGAAUAACCCAAAUCCAAACCAGAAGCCAGUGAUCUUGAGGAAGAGGAGGCAGAGGAUCAAGAUCCAGGCUAACUGGGAGCUGUUCUACUACAGGUUCCAGCAGGAUCACGCGCGCUCCGACCUGAUCUGGAACCUGAAGACUCGGGAGGAGCUUCGGGAGGCGCUGGAGGGGGAGAUGCGCGCCUUCAACGUGGACCGGGAGCUGGGCAGCGCCAGCGUCAUCUCCUGGAACCACCAGGAGUUUGAGGUGAAGUACGAGUGCCUUUCAGACGAGAUUAAGAUCGGAGAUUACUAUCUGCGUCUGCUCCUGGAGGAAGAUGAAAACGAAGAGUCAGGAGCCAUCAAGAGAUCGUACGAGUUCUUUAACCAGCUGUACCACCGCUUCCUGCUGGCGCCCAAGGUCUCCAUGAAGUGCCAGUGCCUCCAGGCCCUGGCCAUCGUUUACGGGCGGUGCCACGAGGAGAUCGGCCCCUUCGCUGAUACCAAGUACAUCGUGGGCAUGCUGGACCGGUGCACAGACAGGCUGGAGAGAGACAGACUCAUCCUCUUCCUCAACAAGCUGAUCCUGAACAAGAGGAACAUAGUGGAUCUGACAGACUCGAAUGGCAUCCGCAUCCUGGUGGAUCUGCUGCCCCUAGCACACCUGCACACCAGCCGAGCCACGGUCCCGCUGCAGAGUAACGUGCUGGAGGCGGCACCAGACAUGAAGAGGGAGAGCGAGAAAGAGUGGUACUUCGGCAACGUGGAGAAGGAGAAGAGGGGGCCCUUCAGCUUUGAGGAGAUGCAGGAGUUCUGGAGCUGCGGGGAGCUGGACGCUAAGACGCGCUGCUGGGCGCAGGGCAUGGACGGCUGGCGCCCCCUGCUGGCCAUCCCGCAGCUGAAGUGGUGCCUGCUGGCCAGCGGGCAGGCGGUGAUGAACGAGACGGACCUGGCCACCCUCGUCCUCAACAUGCUGAUCAGCAUGUGCUCCUACUUCCCCAGCAGGGACCAGGACAACGCCAUCAUCCGGCCACUCCCCCGAGUGAAGAGGAUGAUGUGCGACAACACCUGCCUGCCCCACAUCGUGCAGCUGCUGCUGACCUUCGACCCCAUCCUGGUGGAGAAGGUGGCCAACGUGCUGCACCUGGUGAUGCAGGACAACCCCAACCUGCAGCGCCUCUACCUCACCGGAGUCUUCUUCUUCAUCAUGAUGUACACCGGCUCCAACGUGCUGCCCGUGGCUCGGUUCCUGAAGUACACUCACCUGAAGCAAGCCUUCAAAUCUGAAGAGGCCAGGGGUCAGGACGUGGUCCAGCGGAGCGUGCUGAGCCCCAUGCUGCCCGAGGCCAUGGUCUGCUACCUGGAGAACUACGAGUCCGAGCGCUUCUCCGAGAUCUUCCUGGGCGAGUUCGACACGCCCGAGGCCAUCUGGAGCAGCGAGAUGAGACGGAUGAUGAUCGAGAAGAUCGCGGUGCACCUGGCCGACUUCUCGCCGCGGCUGCAGAGCAACACGCGCGCCCUCUACCAGUACUGCCCCGUCCCCGUCAUCGGCUACCCCCAGCUGGACUGCGAGCUCUUCUGCAGCAUCUACUACCUCCGACACCUGUGCGACACCACCCGCUUCCCAGACUGGCCCAUCAGAGAUCCCGUGAAGCUGCUGAAGGACACCCUGGAGGGCUGGAAGAAGGAGGUGGAGAAGAAGCCUCCCUCCAUGUCUGUGGACGAGGCCUAUGAGGUUCUGAGCCUUCCAGAGGGACAGGGCCUGCAUGAAGAGAGCGUGAUAAGAAAAGCCUACUUCCGCCUGGCACAGAAAUACCAUCCGGACAAGAAUCCAGAGGGCAGGGACAUGUUUGAGAAGGUGAACAAGGCCUACGAGUUCCUCUGCACCAAGUCGGCCCGCGUGGUGGACGGGCCCGACCCGGAGAACAUCAUCCUCAUCCUCAAGACCCAGAGCAUCCUCUUCAACCGGCACCAGGAAGUGUUUGAGCCAUACAAAUACGCUGGCUACCCCAUGCUCAUCAAGACCAUCACCAUGGAGACGAAUGACGAGCAGCUCUUUUCCAAGACCUCUCCCCUCCUGCCGAGCGCCACCGAGCUGGCGUUCCACACCGUCAACUGCUCCGCCCUCAACGCAGAGGAGCUGAGGAGGGAGAACGGCAUCGAGGUGCUGCUGGAGGCUCUGUCUCGAUGUGUAGCUGUGCUAACUGCAUCCAGCAAGCCUGAGGACAUGGCAGUGCAGGUGUGUGGGCACAUCUGCAAGUGCUACAGUGUGGCAGCGCAGUUCAGGGAGUGCCGGGAGAAAAUCGUCGAGCUUCCGAACAUCGUGCGGGACCUGUGCCGCCUGCUUUACUACGGGAAGAGCGUUCCCCGGGUGGCCUCUCUGGCCGUGCAGUGCGUCACCUCCUUCGCCGCGGACUCCCUCCUGCAGCUGCAAAUGUACCAGGCCGGCGUGCUCUGGCACCUGCUGGCCUACCUGUUCAACUACGACUACACGCUGGAGGAGAGCGGCAUUCAAAAGAGCCAGGACACCAACCAGCAGGAGGUGUGCAACAGCCUAGCCAAGCUGUGCCUGCUGUCCCUCAGCUGCCUGGGGGGGUAUGGGCCGGGGCCCGAGGGGGAGGGCGGGGCACCUCCGGAGAACUUCGUCAUCAGGAAGAGCCUGUCCGCCAUGCUCACCCCGUACAUCUCCCGCAAACUGGGGACCGGCUCGCCCGCAGAGGUCCUGAAGCUGCUGAACAGUAACUGCGAGAGCCCCAACCUGAUCUGGAACAACGGCACUCGAGCCGAGCUGCUGGAAUUCCUGGAGCAGCAGCAGGAGCGGAUCAUCAAGAGGGGAGAGUUUGACGAGAACCUGGCGACGGAGUUUGUGUUCAGCGACCACAGCAAGGAGCUGAUCGUGGGCGAGAUCUUUGUCCGGGUCUACAACGAGCAGCCCACCUUUGCCCUGGAGUUCCCUAAGGUGUUUGUGGCCAGCCUGCUGGACUACGUGGGCUCCCAGGCACAGUACCUGCACACGCUGCUGGCCAUGACCCAGGCCAGCCAGGUGGAGUCCCAGCUGCACGCUCAGAGGCUGCAGUGGGCUGAGAUGGCUCUGGAGGCACUACGCAACGUCAUCAAGAACAACCCGGGGUCCGAGUCGGAGUGCAUCGGUCAUUUCAAGCUCCUCUUCUCCCUGCUGCGUGUUCAUGGGGCGGGCAAGGUCCAGCAGCUGGCUCUGGAGGUGGUGAACACUGUCACGACGAACCAGGACUGUGUGAACAGCAUCUCCGAGGCCCUGGUGCUGUCCAAUCUCCUGGUUCUGCUGCAGUCCUUGCCCUCCAGCAGGCAACUAGUACUGGAGACCCUGUACGCUUUGUGCUCCAACACUAAGAUCAUCAAAGAAGCUAUGGCUAAAGGUGCUCUGAUCUACCUCCUGGACCUCUUCUGUAACUCCACCCACCCCCAGGUGCGCUCCCAGACUGCCGAGCUCUUCGCCAAGAUGAUCUCGGACAAGCUGGUGGGACCCAAGGUGCGCCUGACGCUGAUGCACUUCCUGCCGGGCGUGUUCAUGGAGGCGAUGAGGGACAACGCGGAGGCGGCGGUGCAGAUCUUCGAGGGGACGCACGAGAACCCCGAGCUCAUCUGGAACGACAGCUCCCGGGAAGCCGUUGCCUCCGCCGCUCGGGAGAUGAUGCUGGAGCACUUCAAACAACAAAGGGACAACCCUGACGUCAACUGGAAGCUGCCAGAGGACUUCUCAGUAGCAUACGGGGCGGGGCAGGAUGAGCUGGCGGUGGGCGGAGUCUUCCUCAGAAUCUUCAUCGCCCAGCCAGGCUGGGUGUUACGGAAACCCCGGGAGUUCCUGGUGUCUCUGCUGGAGACUCUGACAGAGCUGCUGGAGAAAAACAACCCAAAUGGCGAGGCCUUGGAGAUGGUCACCACGGCGACCGUGUGCCUCUUCGGCGCUCAGACGCAGCUGGCUGACCAGGUGCCCCCGCUGGGUCACAUGCCCCGCGUGCUGGGGGCGCUCGGUCACCCGAACACCGCCGUGCCAAAGAGCUGCAUCCGCCUCAUACACGUGCUCUCCGAAAACCAGCUGUGUGUGAACUCCAUGGCGUCCCUGGAGACGAUAGGGCCGCUGAUGAGUGGGAUGAAGGUGCGGGCGGACAUGGUGGGGCUGGCCUGCGAGGCUCUCAAUCGCAUGUUUCAGAGAGAGCAGACCCACCUGGUGGCUCAGGCCCUGAGGGUGGGGCUGGUUCCCUAUCUGCUGCAACUGUUGGAGGGCGUGGGCCUGGAGACACUGGAGAACCCAUCUGCCACCAAAGCCCAGAUCGUCAAGGCGAUCAAAUCCAUGACAACCAGCCUGCAGUACGGAGAGCAGGUGAAUGAAAUCCUUGCGCAGUCCACAGUGUGGAGAGCUUUCAAAGACCAGAAGCAUGACCUGUUCAUCUAUGAGUCUCAGGCAGCUGGGUAUCUGACAGGUCCGGGGGUGGCGGGCUACCUCACAGCCGGGACGAGCUCUGCAGUGCCCUCCAGCGUCCCGCCGCCCGUGCACUGUGAGAGCGUGGAUUUAGGCUGAUGGGACGGACCCCACGGGCGGGUGGACCGCCCCACUGCAGGGGACAAUUGGGCUCCUAGCACAUAUGAAGCACACACAGACAGGGGCAGGUCGAAAUUUUGGGGGAGGCUGGGACCAGUGGAGCACCACCCCCUAGAGCACCAUCAUUAUCUCCAAACAGCACCAGCAUUUUAUAACACUUAUUUUUCCAACUGAAGACACUUUUUUUGGCCCUUUUUCUUCUCUGAGUCCAGAAAAUGGUCUGUGGUGUACCAUUUUAUGUGCAUUUGUGUAAACACCUCCUUCCUGGCCCAGUAAGCUGUAAAGUUAAGCUCUCAGUCCCUAUCUUGUUGAGAGCUCAAGCCUGGUUGUGUGUUGCACACCAAAGCUUGCAGGUUUUCAGUUUACGAACUUAAAAUGCAACAAGAGAAA